UCUGCAUCAACACCUUCUAUAUUCAGCAUUAUCCUGUUCAAACACCAUGGAUAAAUUGGUAUCAUUCCAAGUGAAUGAUACUCGCAAGCUCUUCAAGUUGUCGAAGAAACUAAAUGAAACCAAAUUCUUCAAAAACUUUCUAAAUGAGAGCCAGUCAAAGCUCCUAAGUUAUCUAAUCGGGUUGGAUAACUUCACGAUAUGGGGCAACUUCAUAGAGGGGAACGUUUACUUCAAAGUGCUGUCAACGCUGGAGCCAAAUGACUCUUCCCACUUAAAUGAUGACAUUGACGUUGACAUUGAUAUCGAAGAUGGUAGUAGAACUGCCAAAAGAAUGGCAUCUCACAUUCGAUACUUGUUGUACGAAAAGGCAAUAGACUUCUACUAUUUUUCCAAAAACCUCGAUGAGUCUUCCAAUGCAAUUGAUGAAGUCAACGAUGAUUAUGACUUGUUGGACUCACUCAACACUGAGAGUAGAGCUGAUGCUUCAAAUGAACAACAAAAAGAGGUAGAAAAGCCUGUUGUGAGAGAAGAGGACGAUGACUACGAUGAUGAUGAUGACGAUGACGACGGAGAAGCCCAGGCUCAGGACAACGAGAGUCUGAAGAUGAACGUUGACACCGAUAACGAAAACAUCCAAUUUAACGAAGAAAAUCAAUUAAUACUAGAAGUGCCGAGUUCCAUAUUUGCCAAGGACGAACAAACGUCAGAGAGUGCCGAGGACCAACAGGAGAGCAAUAGCGAAAAUUUAGAGGACCAGGAAAAUCUAAUCAAAGAGUUCAACAAAGUGUACCACAACUUUGAAUAUGAUCGAGAAACCUUGAUCAAAAGACGGAGACUUGAGAAGUCUGAUAUGAAACUUGAAAAGACCUCAGCUCCUGAAAACAAAAAUGACCAGUCCACCACCUAUUCCAACUCUAAUGAUUCGGGAAGUGGUAUAGAAUUUGCGUUUGCAACUGGUUCUUCGUUGAAGCAUUUAUUGGGGACUAUUCAGGCCAAACGUGACCAGAUUCCUUUGAAUGACUAUGAAUUGAGAACUUUGUUCAUGGAUGUCAAGAAAAACAGAGGAAAGUGGGCAAAUGAUGAUAGGGUAGGACAAGAAGAAUUGUACGACGCUUGUGAAAAGGUUAUAUUAGAAUUGCGAAGCUAUACGGAGCAUUCAACCCCCUUCUUGAACAAAGUCAGCAAAAGAGAAGCGCCAAACUAUGGGUUGAUCAUCAAAACUCCAAUGGACUUGAAUACUGUCAUGAAGAAGUUGAAGAACUUACAGUAUAACUCGAAGCAAGAAUUUGUUGACGAUAUCAUGUUGAUUUGGUCAAACUGUCUCUUGUACAACUCAGAUCCCAAACACUUUUUGAGGGCCCAUGCAAUUGCUAUGCAGAAGAAGUCGUUGAAGUUGAUACCCCAUAUCCCUAAUAUUGUCAUCAAGCUCCGGUCUGAAAUUGAAAGAGAUGAAGAAAAGGACGAUAUCAACAACGAUACCAGCAAGGGAAAGUCUUCAAAGAAAGGAAGAAAAAGAACCAGGAAUAAUGACGUUAAGUUGGAACAUGAAUCCACCGCUGGAUCGCCUGAAAGUGCAGUAGAAACCCCCGUUGAAGAUGAGAAGGAUGAAACGCCUAUCUUGGUCGAACCAACUCCCGUACCGGAAGUUCAGACUUCUGCCACCACUGCUGUAACAACUGCUCCUGUGGAAGAAGAAGAAGAAGAAGAAGAGAACGAUGAGAUAAAUGAAGAAAACAAUACAAACAAUAAUCAGAAUGAAGAUGAUGAAGGGGAUCCUGAGUUGCAAGCAUGGAAAACCUUGACAGCAAAGUCUCGAGCUCACUACUGUUCUGCUAGAGCUGAACUUUUCCAUGAAGAUGACAAGUUCAAGCUAAACUUUGACGCUCCUGCUAUUUUACGUGAACCCAAUGAGAUGGCGAAUUUUAAUGAGUAUAUAACCAACAAGCAAGUGGUUUCCAAAGGAAACCUUCUUGAAAAUGAUGAGCCCUACUUGUUAGAGUACGACAUAACAGGAGGAUUGCCGGGUCUAGUUUUCAAAGGUGUGGAUAAUCAGGAGCAAGAAAGGCACGAGCAAAAGAUUGUGGAUUCUUACAUUGCUAAUAAAAUGGAACAAAGUCUGUCACAGUUUGUCUUGAGCACCGAAAAUGGGUUGAAUUCGGUUUAUUUGAAGAAUAUUACCGAGAUGCAAGAAAUCAGAAGAAUAUGUUUCAAGAUUUCCUUGGUCAGACAAAUGCAAACCCAACAGUUUGUACACCAUACACAAAUGCGGCAACCCGAGAUCGAAAAGAUUAAAGAAGUAGAUUUGGAUCCUAUAUCAAAGCUCGAAAACCAUGAAGAGUUUGACAAAGAGAUUCAAUACUCAGUAUUGCGUAGAAAUGUUGCAAAGAUGAUUAUGCAAACUGGAUUUGAAUCAGCUGAACCUUUUGCUGUGAAUACUUUAACUCAAUUAGCAGAAAGGUACUUGAGUAACCUUGUUAACUCCGUUAAGUCUCAUCUGGAAACUAUAUCAAAAAACAGGCUUCCCAAAAGUGAAGUGUUGCUUGUUUCGUUGAUUGAAAAUGGUGUCAAUAAGCCCGACGAUUUGUACACAUUUGUAAACGAAAGGCUUUUAACCCAAUACAACAAGCUUAUUGAUUUAAGGGCAAAAUUGUCCAAUUUCCUCAAGGAGUUGUUAAGACCUGGUUUGGAAAAUUUCAAUGAGAAAUCGUUUAAUGAUAACAGUGAUCAGUUCAUGACGGGAGAUUUUUCCAAUGACUUAGGUGAUGAUUUCUUUGGUUUCAAAGAAUUAGGCUUGGAUAAAGAAUUCCACAUGUUAAGUUCUUCUAUUCCAGUUUACUUGUUACACUCCAGGCUCCGUACAUCUUACGCUUCAGAUGGAGCUACCAGUAAAUCCCAAAAGUACGAUGACUUGAAAGACUACAAAGUAAACAAACUUUACGGUACCGAUGUUGACAAGCAGAUUGGUAUUUUAAGGCCAUUUUAUCAUAAAUUACUUGAAAAGUCAAAGGCACAUUUCAUUAAGGUGCAAAAGAAAAAUGGCUUAUCUAUGGAGCUUCCUGAGAUAAGCAAAUUACCCUUAAUUGAUGACGAAGAAUUGCCUCAGAAACAGAGGAAUAUAAGACCAAGAUUGCCACCGACCGGUAAGAUCACUUCCAUAAAGAAAAGGCCUCUUGCAAGCUCGUUCUUCUUACCUGAACUCGAAGAAUUGAAAGUAACCAAGCAGGAACAGAACGACGACAUUUCUCAACAUGAAGAUAUGGCUGCAAUUCCCCUUAUGAGUGAUGAUCCGUUCAACGAUGACAUCGACGCCAAGGAGAUUGAGUUGAUGAUGAGUAAUUUGGAAGAGUGAAGUUGUCCAUAGCAUGUAUUUACCCUCUGUUAGUAUAUAUAUCUACCACUCCAAUAUCGUAAUCUGACUUGGGUUA